AUUCAAUGAUUCACCGUGCCUCAACCCAACUCAUCAAAGAUCUUUUCAUUUCUUCGUCUAUAAGCAAUAAUGAAUAUUUCCAAGGUUUCUAUGGCUCUCGCUUGUCUCCUGGCCCUAGCCCUUAUCAUCCCCUCCCAUGCCCAAGACUCACCACAAGACUACCUUGACGCCCACAACAUUGCUCGUGCAGCUGUCGGCGUGGGCCCCAUGUCUUGGAAUGAUACUGUUGCAGCCUAUGCACAAAAUUAUCUCAGUCAGCACAUUGGUGAUUGCAACAUGGUGCACUCAGGUGGUCCUUACGGCGAGAACCUUGCAUGGAGCAGCGCCAGCUUAUCUGGCACGGAUGCUGUCGCGAUGUGGGUUAAUGAGAAGUCCGACUAUGACUACAAUUCCAAUAGUUGCGCCCCCAAUAAGGUUUGUGAACACUAUACUCAGGUUGUGUGGCGCAACUCAGUCCGCUUGGGGUGUGCUAAGGUGAGUUGCAACAGCGGUGGGACUUUGGUUAGUUGCAACUAUGAUCCCCCGGGCAACUAUGCUGGCCAGAGACCCUAUUAAUUAACUACCUGCGUUUUGCAUUAAUUAAAUUGUGUCAAGGAAAUUAACCUAUGUAUUAUGAAUAAUCUAUUUCCUUGAUGGAUAAAUAUAGCACGCACGACCAAAUGAAGUAAAUUAAUGCAUUAGUAAUUUCUUUAUAAUAUAUGAAGUUUGUAUUU